CUUCUCAGCACUGCUUGCAGCACAGCGACCUAGAUAAGACCCAAGAGGAGCUGAGGGGAGCCCUCAAAGAACACGAAGCACACAGCUUGGGGGACUUACGAACUGGGGUGGGGUCAAGCUAUUUCUGAGACAAAAUAGAGGGCCUCAAAGAAGGGGUAGGGAAGGGGCUAUGAUGUGGCCUAAUUUUUUCCUUCAAGAUGAGGAACAGCGUAUGGCAAUGCGCACGCGGGCUGGGGGCAAGAGGCGCAAGAUACUGACCGAUGAGCAAGAGGGGAAGAUCAAGCUGGCCUUCUUUGUGGCCAUUGUGGGGAUGACUCUGACGGUGUUGGCUGUGGGCACGGAAUUCUGGGUGGAACUCAAUACCUACAAGCAGAACCACACAGCCAUCUGCGAGGCGGCCCACUACGGCCUUUGGAAAUUCUGCUACAAAAGACUCUGGGUGGAGGAUAUAGAGGAGCAACGGGCGACCUGUGGACCUGCAGAGCUGCCUGGAGAAGCCAACUGUUCUUAUUUCAAGUUCUUCACCACUGGGGAGAAUGCCCAUAUCUUCCAGAGGACAACUAAAAAAGAGUUGAACAUUACGGCUGCUGUCGUGUCUCUUCUCAGCAUCACGCUCAUGGCCAUGGGCUCACUCUGCAUCACUAUGGCGCUGAGCAAAGGAGUCGAAUUCCUCCUGAAACCAGCAUCCAUUUUCUUUAUCAUAUCAGGUAUCAUGGUAUUGGUGUGCCUGGAGGUUUUCCGGCACUCAGUCCGGUGGCUUAUCACCUCUGAUGAGACCGUCCCAUUGGAGUACGAGUAUUCCUGGUCUGUGGCUUGUGCUGUGGCCGCUGGAGCCAUCCUGAUCUUUGGCGGAGGCUGUUUUAUCCUUCUGUCCAUCCCAGACUUACCUAAAAAGCCCUGGGAAUACUGUAUCAAAGGCAGAAGCAGCAGCAGCACUUCCUAAAACCCAUUUUGGAGGGAACCCCCCCAAAGUCUCUUUGUUUCACUGUGCAACACACACACACACUGAUUCCUCCACCCACAUCGAGGGGAUGGAAAGAACCAAUCUUGACCCCUCCCCUUCUGCACAUCUGCCCCAUUUCUUCGUCUGGACUCAGUUUCCCCCUCCAAUUUUGUGACAUGUAAAUAGAACCACAAGUGCUUGUUUUGUUUUGGAUUUGGGAUGGGGGGCGGUGAGGGGAGGGAGGAAUUGAAAGGAAAGGGCUCUCUUUGUGAAUGCAGGGACAGCUGUAUUAAUGAACUGAGCAGUUCUGAUGGGAGGGAGGAUAAAGGGCUGUAUUAAAAACCUGGUUUUUAUAAAUGGCUAUAUUUAGCUCAAUAGAGGGGCUGUGCCUUGGAGUCUGUUAAAACUGCUUUGUGGUCAGUCCCUUGACGUGGUGAAAUUCUGUAACAUGCAAAAAACUGACAGCCCCAUAAUCAGAAAAUUGAGUUGCUGAGUGUACGUGAACAGCAACGUAAAUGUUCAAAACCCACAUGCAAACGUUCAAGCAUCCCUCCCCUACUGGGCCCUGUGACUUUUACAAGGUGUAAGGAAUACAUGUGGCUUAUUAGCCUGAAGGCUGCAGGGCACUGCAGCAGGGUGCCUUGAAGCGCAGAGUAAUUCCAAACCAGUUGUUCCAGGAACCUGGGAAAGAUAAGGUGGCCCCAGUGCAGUUUAAAGAUCUGUUCCUGUUAGGGGCAAAAUUCUUAAAAAAAACUUUAAUUUGCUUACAAAGCUGAAAUUAAAAUUUUCCUUAUCUAAAUCUUUUUUAAGCAAUAUUCCCAAUUAGUGAUACUGCUGUAAGUGAAAUUUUAGAGAAAUAAUCAGUUGGAAAUUAUUAAAUCCUGAGAGCUUGAUGCAGCUGCCUACUUAAGAGAGGCCCACGAAUAGGCAGAGGACACAGGACAGGGUUGUGUUCAAAGAGCCACCGAGGAAGCAUUCGAGCUGUCUCUUAUACUUUACAUCCUGUGAAUUUCUCAAAAGGUGAUGGGGGGGGGGCAAGGGCUUUUUUCUUCUUCUCCUCAGUGUAUUCUGUGCUCUGAAAAUUCUCCUGUCUUUGGGGUUUAUGGGAAGAGACAACUGUUAACUUCACUGAGUCAGGUGAUCAGCACACACACACCCCUCCCCCCAGACAUCUAAGGGCACAUGAGCAAACCUUGUGGAGAAAAGGAAAGUUUCUGCAAUGGAAAGAGGAAUCAAUGACGGGGGGAGCCAUCAUGAGAAGGCCCCAUGGCUGGAGAUCAAAAGUAUGGAUCA